AAUAAUUAUUACAAUACUGACCCCUAUAAGAUGUUCUUAUGCUGAAACUCUUGCCUGAUAGGGAGAGCCUUUUAGGACAACAAAAAAACACAUUGCACAUUACAAAUUAGCUCUAAUAUAUUUUUAAUUCCAUGCAUCAAAAUCCUAAAUGCUCCCCCAAGUAGGCUGGUUAUUUGUCCUCCUUAAAAUAUGACACCUUUAAUUAAAUAUUAUGAAGAAGUGAAACUUUAACUCUCGCCACCAGGUGGUAGCAGAGUUCUAGAGGAGAGGAAGGAAAACUACCAGAGCCUUGCAGUGGGUGGAAAGGAGUUCCCCAAAAACUUCUGUUUGGAACAUGCUGUAAUUUAUUCUAAUAUCGCACCUGCAGAUAACACCGACUCAAAACAACAAACAGUAUGUAGACAUCCUGUUAUAAACCAAUAAUGCAUGAAUUAUUAGUGCAUUCAAUAUAUCCGGAUUCUAGUUUGCCUCUAUAGUCUAGCCGUUUCAUAAUCUCGACAUACUGUUGCACAUGUCCCUGACAAAUGAAUGAUUGAAUGAAAAAUAGCAAUACAUAGGUAUAAUAUACGAUAAUAAUUAUACAUAAUUCAGUUGUAGCGUUCCCUUAAAAGUAUUAUCAGCUGAUGCAAAACAUCAACGAAAAAAAACAAACCAACAGUUAUUCCUAGUCUGUAUAUGACAUGUUAUACAACCAAAACCUUUUACUUAAAAAAUGCGCGGAAAAAACCAUAAGCACACACUUUUUUUUUGUGCAUUUAUUUUGCCUAUUUGCUUCAGGGUGUAAGUUAAUUCGGUCUGCGGGUCAACUGAGCGCUUAUUGUGUUUGUAGGAGUUCAGAAAGGGGACAGAUGGGAACUCAUGCCAAGGCUCAUUUGCAUAAUUUAUUCUAGCGUCAGGUGACGUCAGGAGACAGUUCAGCUAUAAGUGUCUCCGGUGGCAAAAAUAGAAUCAGUCGCCUGAAACCGAACGUGGCUCAUAUCACCCGACAUCAACCUAGAGCAACUCACGACAGAAGCAACCGAAUCGAGUCGUGCAGUCAGUCGAGUGAUUAAGCUGAAUACAGUAACCCCGGAUUUUUAUCUAUAGGUAGAUUAAUCUACUCAACCAAUCGCAAACGUGGCGAGAAGCAUUUUCCAAACGGGUCUGGUGCUGAACAUGAGUACGGAGAUCUUCCAAACGCCAAUGGAGGUUGCUGUCUAUCAGUUGCAUAACUUCAGCAUCUCCUUCUUCUCCUCGUUAGUAGGAGGAGAUGUGGUGUCUGUAAAACUCGACAACAGUGCCUCGGGUGCUAGCGUUGUUGCCAUUGACAACAAGAUAGAACAGGCAAUGGAUCUGGUGAAGAACCACCUGAUGUACGCGGUCAGAGAGGAGGUAGAGAUCCUCAAGGAGCAGAUCAGAGAGCUGGCUGAGAAGAACAAUCAGCUAGAACGUGAGAACAGCCUUCUGAAGAACCUGGCCAGUCCAGAACAGAUGGAGAGCUUCCGGGAACGGGUUCCUUCCGAGUCCGACCCCGACGCUCUGGUCCCCCUGCAGCUGGACAACCAGUACCAACUCCAGCAGUACCAGCAACAAGCCCAGAUGGGACUCCGUAACCCUGACCAGUCCUGCCCCAUCAGCGCUGGCUCUGCUGUAUAAGUGGCUCUGCCUUGGAACUCCAGUUGUAAACUAAUCGUCGCUGCCAACUUCAGUGAAGCUGUCUGUAACAGAUGAUGAAACACAAUUGACGAACGAAGCACGUGAAAAGACGCUCUAACUAGCGGCUGUAGGCUGAGGCUAUUAGCUAUGAUAAGCCCGUCCUACGACAUCUAGACUAUUUCUCUUUAGACAAAAGCGCUAAACGAGAGGGCUCAUGUAGCCAGCCGGAGAGCGCUCGCAUUGGGACAGAGGGGAGGCUCCGGCCUUCUGGGGCCAGGAGGGCCAACCCUUCAGCCAUUCUCUACCACCCCUGCUACAGAGGGGGGAGAGGGCUAAGAGACAGGGCUGGCCCGGGGACCUGAUCCUGGGGAUGCCUCUCCACGCCAGAGUGGCCCGUCCUCCAUUUUACCUCUCCUGGUCCAGCCAAGGAAAAAGGAGAUCUUCUCCAAGACAGACAGAGAGACGGCCCUCCAGUCUCCACUAGACCGCCCAUGUGGAUUUCUUCUUCUAACUUCUGAUAGUACAAGCUCUGAGGAGUCCGUCCGAGAAUAUCUCAACCAUCUUAUGACUGUUCCCACCUAUCACCAUCUGCUGAUAUUCUCUGUCAAUAUUCCUUAAGAAGCAACAUGUCAAAAGGAAACCAAACCUGAGCUCCAGCAGAAAGAGUAGAGGGGAAAGAGGAUCUAGGAGAUGCUGGACUGUUGCUGGGAGAGAGAGAGAGAGGCCUGUUGCUUCUCUAUCUCAACCUCACUGGUGAUAACUGAUUACCGUAAUCAUGAUUCAGAACAUCAUUGCUUGUAUUAUCUGCAGUUAGGGGUGUGCUGCUUAUGGGGGAAAAUCCUGCUAAUUUACACUUUGUUUUGUGAUUCUGAACAAAGUGGAAUACUUAAUAGGAGCAUUGUAACUGUUCAGUUUAAAUGAUUUAUUAUGGGGAUGGAAGUAUCUACUACCCAUUUUGCCUAGCUCUGUCCAUUCUACUAACGUGUUCAGAGUAGUGGGCUGGAGAUGAAUUUGACCGGCUGAUGUUCUAAAGGCUGCGAAUGCAAUCCUGACCUGGCAGACGUGUUCUGUUCAGAUGCCAACCUCAACUUGAAUCAAUGGCAUGACCGUAGCGCCUAUCUCCAGAGGAAUACCAUAUUUCCACAAUGGACUUUGUGUUUUCUAACUACCAAAGACUUUUGUCUCAUUACUACUCCAAACUAAACCAAGCAACCCGGACCAUGUGUACAUCGUUCACAGGGAGAACUCUUGUUAGCAGUAAUGUUUUUUUGCUAAACGUUGGGUAUCGUUGCUGUAUUGUGUCCAUGAAACAGGUGUAUAUAUAUAAAAAAAAAUGAUUUAAUGGAUGCAAAAUGCACAUUUGCAAUAAACCUUAUGUUUACACUAAA